AGGAAAGAGGAAGUGCUUCGGCGUCGCAGGCCGGAGGAGCGCGGUUCGCAGAGGGAGCAGCAUGUCCGCGGAGGUCCCCGAGGCGGCGUCGGCCGAGGAGCAGAAGGAAAUGGAAGAUAAAGUGACUAGUCCAGAGAAAGCUGAAGAAGCAAAAUUAAAAGCCCGGUACCCUCACCUGGGGCAGAAACCUGGCGGCUCUGAUUUUUUAAGAAAAAGAUUACAGAAAGGGCAAAAGUAUUUUGAUUCUGGGGAUUACAACAUGGCUAAAGCCAAGAUGAAGAACAAGCAACUUCCUGCAGCGGCCCCCGAUAAGACAGAGGUCACCGGCGACCACAUCCCCACCCCACAGGACCUUCCUCAGCGGAAGCCUUCCCUUGUGGCUAGCAAGCUGGCGGGCUGAUUAAAAGAGCUGAACUGCAUGAGCCUUCAAAUUCCCAUUAUUUCUCCUUACUAUACUUAACCCACUUUCUGUUUUCUUUCAUUCACCAAGUCAUGUGAGACUGACAGCUUUGCAGGUAGCGGUAGUGUGUGCUGCUAUUACAAGGGAAUAUACAUGUGUAGAGGUUUUGGUUAAUUUAACAGUGCACUGAUGAAAAGGACAUGUUAGAGCAACAUACGUAAUCUACUUGAACAUAAUUGUAUAUAUUAACCUAACUCAGUGUAGGACUGGUUCCAGCAAGUAACAAGUUUUAUGGUUUUACUGUUUUGGCUUUCCUUACUUCAUCGUAAUUAUAGCUUUGUAUGUUAUUCUUAUUUAAUAUAACCUCUGUUGUAUUGAUUUCUUCUAUAUUUUCCUCUUGGAUUUUGUAAAACAGAAGUUUAAGACCACAAGUUGGAAGAAAAUCACAUAAUUCAAACACAAGUAGAUGGGCUCCAAAAGAUUUGAACAACUGCUUGAACUUGAAUGGCCUUAAACCUGUUUCAGCUUUAACAAUAGAAUUUUACUUGGGCAAUAUUUGCCCAAUCUGGUGUAAUUUGUGUGACUUCAGUGCUUAACAGCUGUGUUGAUGCCAGUUCUCUUCAGUUCUGUAGUGUUAAGAUGCCUUCCUUGUCAAAGAUGUGAAUGACGUGUGCAUGUGCACUGACUGUUGCAUUCACUUUUGUGCCAUUUUUGUAAAUACAAUAGUUUUGCACAACCUUUUACAAAUGUCUGUAUUAAUUUCACAUAUUAGAAAGAUAAUGUGCCAACCAGAAGCACAAGACUUCCUACACAAACAACUGUAUACCAUUACUGGUUUUGUAUAAUAAGAAUAGUUUACAAUCUUGAUCUUAUAGAAUACCAAACUGAAAUCUACUCAGUCUGUUUUAGAGAAUUAAGCUUUUCAUUUGCUACUAACAUUCAUGACUUUCAGUGGCCUUUUACAAAUACGAUAUGUUGCUUAGGCAUAUCUUUUGUUCUAUGCAGAAUGUUUCAUUUUGACUUAUGACAAUUGUAAUUCAUACAGUUUAUGUAAACUUUCAGUGUAGAAACUACUUCCACACAACACUGGGAACAGUAGAGUUUUUUACAAAAGGCUUACAUUCUAUGCCUUCUGUUUUCUUCUCAGCCCUUUUUCUUUGUUUCUUGUGGUACUACUACAGCUGUUCCAUUUACAUGAGAGCAUAAGUGUCUUACUUUUGCUCUCUAAACAUUUAAAUAAGAUUUUCGUGGGGAUUUUUGCAAUGCUGAGGAUCAAACCUGCUGUCUCACACAUGCUAAGUAAGCACUCUAUGACUAGGCCACACCCCCACUCCUAAGGGAACUUUAUGAUGAAAUGUAGUUGAGAAGACCAGCCCUGGAAACUGUCAGGAUAAGCUGAGUUUAGGUGAAUAAUUGUUAACUAAUUACGGCGAACUAAGUAGCCUUGUGAGAGUGAAACGUAGGUAACUGACACUAUGAUACUUGGGCAUUUCCUUCUAUGGGUGCAUUUUAAUCUCAAUUUAGAGUCACUUCUGUGUCUAGUUGGUGGCAGCUCUGUGACACUUUAGUUCGGACAGAUUCACAAGUCCCCUUAGCAUUCUUCCCCACGUUGUCCUGCACAAGGAGGGUCAGCAGCCAGAGCUCAGACUUUGAUUCUCUGCCUUUGGCUCGGACAGGCCUCCCCUCUUGAAUGUAGGCAUCAUUUAUGUCUUAGCUUCUUUUAUCUUCCUGCUGUUCUGUGGUCCCUCAUCAAAUAAUAGGUGCCUGGAACCCAGCACCUGCUCUGGAAGGCUGAUCACCAUGCUUCAUCCACCCUUAGCAACAGAAAAGCAGCACUCCAACCGUGCUCAUCUGUCAUCUCACAGUCCUGUUAUAUGUAAAUGUACUUGUUGUGAGAGCACGGUUGUUAUGUAAGAUGUCCCAGAGUAGAACUUGUGUUACAGCUAGUCUUUGUUUUUCAUUGUAAGCCAUCACCAGUAAAUUCAAACAUCAGACAAGGUUAAUUUGAACGAUUAGAGAGGCCAUGUCAUUGCUGACCCCUUAGGACCCCUGUAGUUUGUGGCAAGUGGCUAACACCUACUUAAGCUUUAAUUUGUCAAACACGAUGCUUAUUUAACCUACCUCAAAACUUGUUGAGGAUCUUUGAAAUACUAAGUGCCCAGCAUCAAAUAUUACUGUUUAUAUCAAAAGUAAAUUUCCUCACUAAACCAGCCUGCCUUCUGUAAAGUCACAUUGCUUUUAAAAAACCUCAGGAUUUCCAUAGGAAAGUCCUGCCAUGAAGCUUUAGGGGUGUUUGCAUAGCCUCCGUCAUUGGUGCUUGAGAGAGAGAAAGAGAGGCUUUGCACUUUUCUACCUUUGUUCUGCCUCAAAGCCCAGCUUACUGGAGGUGUUUUUACAGACUUUGUAAUCAUCACUGAAGAUUUGAUGAGAUGAGCUUAAUUGUUUCUAUUUCAAAGUUGUUAAGAAAUGGCUAAUCAUCUACAAAUUACUAUUAAAUUGAAGAUAACUUAUGAAAACUGAUGAAGGCCUAGAAUUACAUGUCUCCUGUCCAGUAGUUCCUAUUUUUUAUAGUAAGCAUUUUCUUGAAGGCUGCGUCCAGCUAGAACUACAGAUCUUGGCGAGUAGGAAUAGGGUUGCUUUGAUGACUUGGAAGGAGCAUGCUUGUACUCCACAAGUUGCUCAAUAGCCAUGGUGAUACUGGUUUAAAUAAGUCUUAGCUCUUCAAGGCCAGCAUGGCAAGGCCUCUCCUUGUUAUCACAGUUUUUACUUGAUAGAACAAAAGUAUACCUCUAAAUUAUUUAUUGAUACCUUAAAAUCACACAUAUUCUCAGUCCAGAUGUAAUGCCGUCUUCUUAGAGCUGUGUUCUGAAGUUGGUGCUUGGUGAUCAGAAGCAGGUGGUACCAAAGCAGUGUCCCUGAUGGCCUCAUCAUGUUCCCAACGUUUAAGAGUAUUCUUUUUGUUUUCCUUCUUUGACUUCCUCUUCCACCAUUCCCACCCAGUGCAUCCCUGAAGCCCACUGUUGGCUCUUCCUAAAUGGUGUUACGGGCUGGUGAGCUGGCCAUGCUGCCCACUAUACCACAGCUUUGGGCUUUAGCUGUUCUGAAGCAUCCGGAUCUGAACAAAGAGCCUCUGUCCUCACUGAACUCAGCACGCACUGCCAGUCUUCCAAGGUCCCCUUCCCUGACUCCCCAUGAUACCUUGUAAAACGGAUCCAAGGAACCUCUUUGGCCCAUCCACAGAUAAAAUAUUUUGAUUCUGUUUUACUGUCUUCAGCCUUCUAAGUAGGUAGACUUAGGGGCUUCAUUGUAGAAAUCACUGGUGGUUGUGACAGCCACUCAUGUAUGUGUGUGUUAUGUUAUUUGUCAAUUACAUGGCAGUUGGAAACCCUCUUAUUCCUUUUAACACCAUCAUCAAAUGUGACUGCAUCUCUACCAUUUGUCAUGCAAUAGGACACUCGGCCUGUAUUAAGAGGGCCAAGAGUAAAUGCCUUUUUUGUUAAAGAUGUCUGUAGAGUUGGCAGUUAAUGCUGAGAUUUGUCAAAUAGCCCUUUCAAAAUACUUGUGAAAUAUCAAAAAAAAAAAAAAUAAAUUGAUCUACCUAAUUUUUAUUGAUUUUAA